AUGACACAUCCCAUGAAAUUGACUGAGUCAUAUCCUACAUCGAUGCACAGCAACGCCAGCAGUCCCUCUACAUGGCAGCAAUUAGUAGUUGGGGCUGGCUCAGCAGCAGGAUCUACAGCAGCCGUUGUGAGCGAGGAAUCAAUGAAAUGCUUGCGAUAUUGUGUUAGCUGGCUACAGUACGCUAUUCGGCAUUUGGGACAGCAGAUGAGUUUGCUCAGAGGUUUUCUUGUAUCGCUUGCAACGACUUCGAGCUCACAGCAACAACAGCAGCCUAUGAUUUUAGCUACGAUCAAAAGGGAUAUGGUAUCUACAUUAAGAAAAGUGAUUGAUAUCAUCACAUGUUAUGCCAGUAAUGCUUUACCGUAUCAAGCAAAAGCAACCAUUCGAGGCACGAUAUUGAAUUUACCAAGCAGAUGGGCGUUGUUGUAUGAUGAGACAAAUACUGCAAACGAUGAUAUGAUACCGCAACAAGCAAAUCCCAAUGAAUCGUAUAAGCAAGAAGACGUUGCGCUUCGUUUGUUGGCUUUCGGUCAAGAAUCCAGUGAUAUGUUGACUUCAAUUCAUACAGUCAUUGACGAUACUAUACAACGAGCAGAGAGCUGGUUAGAGAGAUUGCGCUUGAUAAAUCCCAUGUCUUCUCUGUCCACUGCACCGUCCUCCUCUGCAAUGCCUCAUCAGUUACCUUCCUUAUCUAUAAAUCAACACAAAUCCAAGGAAGAAUUCAGCAACAAUAAUGAAGAUGAAAAUUUCUACAAUGUGCUAUUGCCACCAAUCCUUAAUCUGCAUAUAUCGUCUUCCUCGUCGACGGUAGCAACAACCACCUCAAAAAAUUAA